CCAGGCAUCGACCAUGCAGCCAGAAAAUGGCAGCCGCUCUCUGUCCUUCGCUGUUCAGUAGCUCGUCUGUCCCACAACGUCUCGAGACAAAGAGGAUGAAGGAGGGGCGGCGCAGGCUUAAAUAAGCCUCUUGUCGUUCUUCCCCUCCAUGCAGCACAUCGCGCGCGCCUAUGGUGUGCAACGCGCUACUCAGCCCUUCUUUCCAAUGGUGGCUGUGGCUUCAUGAGUUAUUGGUUGAAUUAAAAUGGAAUCAAUAAUGGAAACAAUGUUAUGAAAAUGCAUCCUUUGCUGACAUACAUUUGUUUCAAUACUUUUGUAUUUGCUUUUUGUACAGCAAAGAGAAAAUAUUUCGGAUACUAAGAAGAACAAGCACUUAUUUUUUUCCACUGACCAAAUGGAAUAUAAUAUGCCACAUCAAAGAGAAACAGAUUCCCUGGUACAUCGUGGUAUUUCUGCUCAAAGAAUAAAAUCAUAUCCUGUUCAACCACUCACACCCAUGCCGUCUGAUGCCUUAGAGGAAUGUAAAAACGAGUGCAAACCAAAAGUAGAAAAGCCUCCAGACGCUGGUGAUGACAGGCAGGCCAAUGAAAAAGCAGCAGAGGCUAUCGUCACUGGGAAAGAGGAGAGGGAAAGCCUGCCAAGAGUUAGCUUCACAAAGAGGAAGCCCUUGCCAAGUAUCAAGAGAGGCCUUCAGAGGAAUAGCCAAAAUAGUAGAGUUAUGAUGGAAGAAACACAAAGAUUCAGGCCAAGCAUUCUGGAUUUUUUAACCAAGUACUGCAUCAUUAAUCCAGAACGCUUAUCAUUUUAUGAGAGAAUUUUUCUCAAAUACUGCAAUCAUGAGGACACGGAGGAAGUACCUAGACAUCAGAAAUCUAUUGAUACAUCAAAUGUAAAUUUCAAUGAAAUGCCUGGUGGCUUUGAUCAUCUAGAAGAAAUUUUUAUACAGAAGAAAGCAAAAGAAAACAUAGACAUUGAAAGAAAUAUUCAAAUGAUUCUUGAAAGCGGAUCUGUAUCAGACCAACUGGAAAAAAUGCAGUUUAAGAUGAAGAGGCUUUUGGAAAGAAAAGAGUACAUUGUGAACACAGUACAAGAACUUCAAGAUCAAAGAAUGCAGCUCCAGGCAACACUGAUCAAGCAGCUGUCGAAUACAACUAAGCAAAAGAGGAAAAAGAAGAGAAAAGAAGGCAAAGACACAACACUUCUAAACAUGAAUGGAAAGGAAGGCAACCUUUGUGGAAUCCCAUCCUCUGAACUCUCAUCUAUGUCUUCAUGUGUCCCAGUCAAGCAGGCUGCAUACAAAAAUCUUGAUCUUAAAAUAAAAUUCUUCUGGAACAAAUACAAAGAAAUCACUUCAAGAUUAUCAGAGCUGAGUGAUACAAAAAGGAUUUUAGAACAGAAAAAUAAAGAUGCUUAUUUAGAAGCAAUUGUUCAGAAUUCCAAGAUUCCUCCAGAAGAAAGAAGGUUACAAAGUGCUCUGUAUCGGAGAUUACACCCAAAUAAGGAUCUUGUGCUUGACCUAAACGACCUCGAAGAAGCUCUCCAGGAUGUUAAUAAAUGCCUGGUUUCUCCAAAAGAGUUCUCUUAUAUUUUCCAUAUUCUUGAACUUCCAGGUCAACAAUACAGGCUAAACCUUGAACUCUUCUGUAUAAUAGCAGCUCUGUCUGAGAAAGUGACACAGCUAGACCCAAUGAUUAAAAAAUUGAUCAAUAAACUGGAUUUUGAAGCCUUAAGCAUUCGUAUUGAGAAAGCAAAGGACCUCUGGCAUCUACUCCAGGAUGACGAAGGAGGGAAAGAAAGGGAAACAAACAGAAUGUCUGGAGGCUCAGUCAGCAUUCACAGCCUGGCACUUGAGCUGGCAGCAGGUGGAUUUUCAUUGGAGGCUAUUAAUUUUGCCUUGCAGAAGUUCAACCGCACAAAAGCCGGUGUUCUAUCUUUCCUAGAUUUUGUUACCUACAUCCCCCUGUUUGUAGAAAUCCAUGAGGGCAUAGUUCAGAACCCACUGUCACUCAUCCCAAAUACUAUUCCAAAUCUAGAAGAUGAACUUCACAUGAAUGUAAAUUAGAACACAGAACCACCAAGUGGAUUUAGCCAUACAAGAAGAUUCAGAACUGGAAAUCUCCAAGACAGUUUUUAUUUCAAUAAGAAUUUGCUUGAAAUUGCUGCUUAUUCUUUAUAAACCUCAGAAGUAAGUCUUAAUGAAUUCAAUGACACUUACGUGCAGGUAAGCAUCUAUAGGAUUGUAACCUUAAUGGAUGACAAACUGGGUAAUAUUUUCAUGAAACAACCGCUCACUGUAGUAUUGAUAUGAACCAUGUAUUCAAAUGAUGGUGCUUGAAGUCCUAUGAUGAGUAGAUCAACUCUGGUAACAUUCACAGAACCAACAGCAGACCAUUAAAUGCAAAUUAAUAACUUAAAGUGCUGCCUUUGAAAAACACAGUUUCAGUUUCUGUUCCCUAAACAACUUUUGUGUGGCCUUUAGAAUAAUAAUCUUAGUUCUAUUGAUCAAGAUAGAAUAUAUGCAUUGUAAAUUGAUUGGCACAAUGUUUAUUUUUGCUACUUCCUGUUGGGCCUUUUUAAUAAUUGCUUUUAUGUGUUAAACAAUUAUUUGUAAAAUCAGCCUGAGACAUUGGCUGAAGUUGUUACAUUAAAGUCCCAUAGAAGUCCAUUGGACAAAUGUGCCAUGACUAUGUGUGGAUUUCAGUGGAACUUAAAAGUGACUAUAUUUAGUUGGAGUGGGCCACUGAGUGCAAAUUAAAGUUUAAACAAUGAAAUCCUCUGCAGCUUUACUCAAAAGUUAAUCCCAUCUAAUGUUCAAAGGGACUUACUCCAAGUACAUGGGUAUAGGAUUGCAGCCUAAGACACCAACCAUUGUUUAUGAGCAUUAUAUUGUAAAAAGCAUAUGAGUCUUUACAUAAUAGUGUGAUGUCAAGUUGUAUAUUGAAAAUUUAACACAACUUUUCUGGUGGUCUUUCCCAUCACAGCUGCUUUGUUGAUAGGAAAGAAAAUGAAUGUAUUUUCGA